AUGUCUCUACUUUGCGUCAAAGUGAAAAAAGCCAAGCUCCAAGGACCUUCAGACAAAUUUAACACUUACGUGACUCUGAAGGUGCAGAAUGUCAAAAGCACAACUAUCACCGUGCGUGGAAAUCAGCCUUCCUGGGAACAAGAUUUCAUGUUUGAGAUUAAUCGUUUGGAUCUUGGGCUCAUUGUUGAGGUAUGGAACAAAGGCCUUAUCUGGGACACUAUGGUGGGGACAUCCUGGAUCCCUUUGAAGCAUAUUCAACAAUCAGAAGAGGAGGGCCAAGGUGAAUGGCUUCUACUGGAUGCAGAGGUCCUGAUGAAAGCAGAUGAGAUAUACGGCACCAAAAACCCGACCCCUCAUCGACUCUUAUUGGAUACUCGCUUUGAGCUGCCUUUUGACAUUCCAGAAAAUGAGGCACAGUAUUGGACGGACAAACUAGAACAAAUCAAUUCAAUGGAAAUCCAUAAUGAGUAUUCUCUUCAGGACGACGUGGACAGUCAUCCAUUACCCCCCACAGCUUCCCAGUGUUGCAACUAUUUCGGAUGGGCUGACUCACUCACUUUGGAUGACCAGGACAGUGCAGUGGAUGACCGGGACAGCGACUACCGCAGUGAGACGAGUAAUAGUUUGCCACCACGUUACCAUACAACAGCUCAGCCCAACUCAUCCGUGCACCAAUAUCCCAUUGGGCCUCGUCCACAUCACCUUCAAGACUCAUGUACUGACUCCCUCCACAGUUUUGAACUGGAAUACCGAGACCAAAGAAGCAGUCCAACGGAAAGUAGUCGCUUUGGGUCAUCAGGAAACCUGAGUCAGACCAGCUCUCAGCUGAGUGAGAUUGGUCAUGAAAGCACCGGAGGGUCAGAAAUCGAAGAAUCCUUCCAUUCCUAUCACAGCAGUAGUUUUUAUCCCUCAUCAAAUGGACAUUUUGCAACAAAUGGACAGUCUGCUGUUGGUGAGACUAUACCCUCGCUGUCCUUCGAUGCCAGACGAAGCUUGCAGAGUGACACUACAGCAGACAAAGUGUUGUCUAAACAUCAAAGGUUCCACGAUGAAGGGGCAUCUUUACCAUUUUCUCCAUCCAGAGUUCGCUGGUUGAAGGCCAUUAAUAAAGUCAGGGUCCAACUACGGGAGGUUUGCAGUGAUGAACCUAGUGCAAGACAGGCCUGGGUAAAACCAGGUGGUGGACAAGAGCUUUAUGGGAUUGACAGCAUGCCAGACCUUCGCAAAAAGAAGCCUAUCGCCUUGGUUAGCGAUGUGGCUAUGUCCCUUGUCCAAGCUCGGAAGGCCGGUAUUGCAUCUGCGAUGGCUGCACGAUCUUCCAUCAAGGAUGAGGAGCUGAAAAAACAUGUCUACAAGAAGACCCUUCAAGCACUGAUCUAUCCAAUAUCAUGCACUACGCCACAUAACUUUGAGGUGUGGACCGCCACAACACCCACCUACUGUUAUGAGUGCGAGGGGCUGCUGUGGGGCAUUGCACGACAAGGUGUCCGCUGCUCUGAGUGUGGGGUCAAGUGUCAUGAAAAGUGUCAUGAACUGCUGAAUGCUGACUGUCUACAACGUGCUGCUGAAAAGAGUUCAAAACAUGGAGCUGAGGACCGAACUCAGAAUAUUAUCAUGGCCAUGAAGGACAGAAUGAAGAUCAGGGAAAGGAACAAACCUGAAAUUUUUGAACUUAUCAGAGAAGUAUUCAUGAUCAGCAAAAAUAUCCAUUCGAAUCAGAUGAAGGCCAUCAAACAGAGCGUUUUAGAUGGUACUUCAAAGUGGUCUGCCAAGGUCACAAUCACAGUUGUUUGUGCCCAAGGGCUUCAGGCAAAGGACAAGACAGGUUCUAGCGAUCCCUAUGUCACUGUGCAGGUGGGCAAGACGAAGAAGAGAACCAAGACUAUCUAUGGCAAUCUCAAUCCAGUGUGGGAGGAAAAGUAUCACUUUGAAUGCCACAAUUCGUCAGACAGAAUCAAGGUACGUGUGUGGGAUGAGGAUGAUGACAUCAAGUCAAGGGUCAAGCAGCGUCUUAAGAGAGAAUCAGAUGAUUUCCUUGGCCAGAGUAUUAUUGAAGUCAGAACAUUGAGUGGCGAAAUGGACGUCUGGUACAAUCUAGAGAAGAGGACAGACAAGUCGGCUGUGUCAGGUGCCAUCCGCCUCCAAAUCAACGUAGAAAUAAAGGGGGAGGAGAAGGUGGCUCCAUACCAUGUGCAGUAUACCUGUUUGCAUGAGAACCUGUUCCACCACUUUACAGAUAUCCAUGGACACGGUGUGGUGAAAAUCCCCGAGGCACGUGGUGACGAUGCAUGGAAAGUUUAUUUUGAUGACGUGCCGCAAGAUAUCGUGGAUGAGUUUGCCAUGCGUUAUGGAAUUGAAUCAAUAUAUCAGGCCAUGACGCACUUUGCAUGCCUAUCUUCUAAAUACAUGUGUCCCGGCGUUCCUGCGGUGAUGAGCACCCUGCUCGCCAACAUCAAUGCCUUCUACGCCCACACAACCGCCUCCACCAAUGUGUCUGCUUCAGACCGUUUUGCUGCCUCCAAUUUUGGGAAAGAACGCUUUGUUAAACUCUUAGACCAGUUGCAUAACUCCUUGCGCAUUGACCUCUCUACCUAUAGGAACCACUUCCCUGCCAGCAACAAGGAUCGCCUCCAGGAUUUAAAAUCAACUGUGGACCUUUUAACCAGCAUCACGUUCUUCAGAAUGAAGGUCCAGGAGUUACAGUCUCCACCCAGAGCCAGCCAAGUUGUGAGGGACUGUGUCAAGGCCUGUCUCAACUCCACAUAUGACUACAUCUUUAACAACUGCCAUGAUCUAUACAGCCAACAGUACCAACCUCUGGAAAUGAACAAGGAGGAACUCUCUUUGGAGGACCAGGGCCCAAGUAUCAAGAACUUAGAUUUCUGGCCUAAACUCAUAAUGCUCAUUGUCUCCAUUAUUGAAGAGGACAGGAACUCCUACACACAUGUGCUGAACCAGUUCCCUCAGGAAUUGAAUGUUGGGAAGGUAUCGGCGGAAGUCAUGUGGUCAUUGUUUGCUCAAGACACAAAGUAUGCUAUGGAAGAACAUGAGAAGCACAGACUUUGUAAGAGUACUGACUACAUGAACUUCCACUUCAAAGUAAAAUGGCUCUAUAAUGAAUAUGUCAAGGAGUUGCCCAACUUUAAGGAUGUUGUUCCAGACUACCCAUCAUGGUUUUUGCCAUUUGUGCUUCAGUGGUUGGAUGAAAAUGAGGAUGUUUCCAUGGAAUUUAUGCAUGGAGCACUUGAGAGAGACAAAAAAGAUGGGUUCCAGCAAACGUCCGAGCACGCUCUUUUCUCUUGCUCCGUGGUGGACAUAUUUACCCAGCUCAACCAAAGCUUUGAGAUCAUCAAGAAAUUAGAAUGUCCUGAUCCUAAUGUCAUGGCAAAAUACAGUCGCCGCUUCUCCAAGACUAUUGCUAAAGUUCUUUUGAAGUACAGUGCCAUUCUUAACAAGAGUUUCCCUUCGUACGUUGACAAGGAGAAGAUUCCCUGUGUCUUAAUGAAUAAUGUGCAGCAAUUGCGAAUCCUGCUGGAGAAGAUGUUCGAGUGCAUGGGUGCCAAACAGAUGGACACUGAGGCAAGUGAUCUGUUGACCGAUUUGCAAGUGAAACUGAACAAUGUGCUGGAUGAGCUCAGCAGCACAUUUGGGAACAGUUUCCAGAGUCGCAUCCAUGAAUGCAUGCGUCAGAUGGCGUCUCUACUUUACCAAAUAAAAGGCCCGCUCAAUGCCAACACCAAAAACCAGGUUGAGGCGGACUCUGAUAACAUGCUACGGCCACUUAUGGAUUUCCUUGAUGGGAAGUUGACUCUGUUUGCUGCCAUUUGUGAGAAGACUGUCCUGAAGCGUGUGCUCAAGGAACUAUGGAGGAUUGUGAUGACCAACCUAGAGAAGACUAUUGUCCUGCCUCAGGGCAAUGACACAUUUGGCGCACAAAUACUCUCAGCUGCAAAAGACCUUGGUCAGCUUUCCAAACUCAAAGACCACAUGGCAGGAGAGGCAAAGAGUCUGUCUCCACGGCAAUGUGCAGUUAUGGAUGUUGCACUGGACACGAUUAAGCAAUACUUUCACGCAGGAGGGAAUGGUCUCAAGAAGGCCUUCCUGGAGAAGAGUCCUGAGCUCUCCUCACUUCGCCACACCUUGUCCCUCUACACUCAGACCACCGACACACUUAUCAAGACAUUCGUGACCACUCAGCAUGAACAAGUGCACAAUGGAAAAGGUAUAAGGUUAACCUCCAAUGAGAAAAUAAAGCCAAGCAGUGGAUCAGGUGUAUCCAACCCCAUUGGUGAGGUGUCUAUCCAGGUCGAACUCCAUACUCAUCCUAAAAGUGGGGAGCGUAAAGUGUCCGCCAAAGUUGUGGCAGCCACUGAUCUGAAAUGGCAGACAAGUGGAAUGUUCAGGCCCUUUGUCGAGCUCACCAUGAUCGGACCACACCUCAGUGACAAAAAAAGGAAAUUCCAGACAAAAUCUAAGAACAACAGCUGGUCUCCCAAAUUCAAUGAGACCUUCCACUUCAUUCUGGGAAGUCAGGAUGGUUUUGAGUGCUAUGAGCUACAAGUGUGUGUCAAGGACUACUGCUUUGGUCGAGCCGACCCUGUGAUUGGGUUGUCUGUGAUCCAGUUAAGAGACAUCAUGGAGAAGGGCAACUGUGCCUGUUGGUGCCCACUGGCUCAGUGCAUCCACAUGGACGACACCGGUCUCACUGCUAUACGGAUUUUGUCCCAGCGCUCAAACGAUGAUGUUGCCAAGGAAUUUGUACGGCUUAAGUCUGAAACUAGAUCAGCCGAAGAGGAAAGAUGA